UUGAAAUGGUGCCGCGUCGGCCCAAAUGCUCGCCCGGCCGGAGUAAAGACGCUUAUUUCCAUGCGAGCCUUCUGUGUGUCAGUUUAUCUGCUGCAGAGAAGACGGAGUAGGAGACAGGACGAAUAUUUUGCCACCGAGGCAAGGAUUGAAUUAAGGUUGCACCUAGUUUGUUCCCUUACCAUACUUCCAGGUUUCUGAAAGCGGUUUCCAGGCGGUUGGAUUUUUCUGAUUGGGGAAUCAAGGUUUUAUAUAGCUAAGACUUACCCACUGGGAUUAAAAGAAAUACCUCAGUUUUUCGAAGCUCACGUCGAUAGUUGAAUAAGUCACGAAAAGGGAAACAGACUCCAAGAGUUUUAGUGGAAACUGCGGAACCAGUGGCUUAAAUUAUCAGUCUAGACAUUUUGAGCACCAAUAUGGAAAGAAACUCACCAACGGACAGGGUGAAAAAGACCAGAAACAGGAUACCCACCUCCUGCGACCACUGUAGGAAAAGGAAAUUGAAAUGUGACCGACAGAAGCCAUGUGGCAACUGUGUCAAGAGUCAAACCGAGGAUCUGUGUAAAUAUGCUGCCUCUCCUAAGGGGGGUUCUGGCAAUUCAAGCAAUGUGCCAAGAAUAAACCUGAAUAAUGAGAUUAUCAAGUUAAAAUUGCAAGUGAAUAAACUUGAAAGAAUACUAGAAAUGAACAAUAUCGACACAUCUAAUUACAAGAACAUCUUGCCUGGCAUCUCAGACGAUGAAUUCCCGGAUGAGGACGAUAAUGAGGACGAUCCUAUGGUGUCAUUAUCUGACAAGUUUGAUGCCAUGGUUAUCAAGGAAAAUAAAAUAUUGCAUUCUGGUACUACAUCCUAUGUUACUUUUAUUGUUCGUGAUAAACAGCUUUCAAGAAUUUUUGAAGCUUAUUCCAAGAGACAUAUCAUGAUAUACGAAUCUUACAAACAAAAACAAAAGGUGAAAGCAUCUGAUUUCCCUGUAGACAUCUCACAGAAUCAUUUGUCGUGGUUAACCUCAAAUGCAAAUACCGAAGUGAGUGCUUGCGACAUCGAUAAUGUGGAGAAUAUGCAGUUUGGAACUAUAGUGAAUCCUCCGGCAGGAGUCACCGCUAUGCAGGCAAAGUUAGUGUUGGAUGUCUUAGAGGACGUCAAUAAGAAGAUGCCGCCUUUAUUUGUUGUCAACGUUCUAGUCGAUCAUUUCUUCAAGUAUGUUUACCCUUUUUUGCCUUUGGUCAAUGAAGAGAUUUUCAGAGAUGAAAUGAGUUACGUUCUUGUACCCACCACUAAUGGUGGUUGCAAGGUGGCAAUCACUCAUUUACAAAACACUUCCAUAGUGAGUUUGUUACUAGUUAUUCUACGUUAUGCUUACUUGGCUGUCAAUGUCAAAGAUUACGCAGAGGAUAACAAGGCCAUCGGAAACGACCUUUUGAUUGCAAUGAUCAAAAGUGGAUACCAAAUCGACUCAAGUUUUGUUGUGAUGGCUAAAAGUUUAUUGAUGGCUUUACCAGCAGAAGACAGUGUUUUUAAAAAGAUUACCUUGAGAAAUAUUCAAGUUCUGCUUUAUUUAAGAUUAUACCAAGUUUAUUCCCCAGAAAUGCACGAAGAAAGUAGGGAACAUUCACUAACAUUGGCACUAGUUAUUCAGAUGUGUCGUUCUUUAGGUGCCAACCGAGACCCAAAGAAUUUCCCACACGUUUUCCAAGAUCCAAGAGAAAUCACAGUUUGGAGAAGGAUAUUCUACAAAUUAUUGACUUUGGACGUACAGAAUGCUUUCGAAUACGGCUGUUCGUUGAUAAUUUCUGAUGAGGAGUAUGAUGUCAAUCUACCAGCUUUGAGUAAAGAAGAAAGUCAAGUUUUGACUAAUUUCAAGAAAGGGUUAUCAGUGUCACGAUCUGGUGAUGAGAUCAAAAGACUGGUUGUCGAGAAUUCGAUAAACAAAGACACGGCCCUUGAGUACGAAGCUGUUAAAUUGAUUAGGGAAGGGCUCAAUAUCUUUCAGAACUUUAAAAGCUCGACAAAAAGAUCGAAACUUUUGAAAAUUGUGAAUCGCAUGCAAGAUUUUGUUGAUAAAAGGAUUCCAAGUUUAUGGGAAAUGUUGCAAGAAAACUCUAAUUCUAGCUACAUGCAACUGGAGAGAUUAUUUGAUAUACCCAAGGUGAGAAAAUUUGAAAUUCGUCUCACUGUUCAAACUAUCCUUAUGACCUUCUAUUAUUUGUUAUAUUUGAAUGAUGAGGAUGAAGGUAGUAGCAGUGAGCACGAUAGCCCUCAAACUACCAACAACAGCAAUAGCAGUGGUACUAAUAAUUAUGAGACUAGUCCAAUUGCUGCACCAACUACUAGCAGUACAACAAGCUACAGUUCUAAUACUGAUAGUACUAACAGUAAACUCAGUCCUGGUCAGAAACAUGAUUUCCUGUCAGAUGUUUAUGGUGUUCGUGCCACGGAGUUGGCUCUUUCCGUUUUGAAGAUGAACUAUGAUUACACCAAGUAUGUUACUCAAUCGCCAACAUUGGAUGGGGAUAGCAAACAGUACAAGGCCUUCAAAUAUUUCUCCGCAAAAUGUGACGUUUUCAUUUUGAAUAGAGUUGCUAUGGCUUUCCUACGCCCCUUCCUCUUUUUAUGUUCAAUUUUCUUGAAAAACUUGAAUUCAGAGGGACUGACUUUUGAAGAGAUUCUUGGAAAAUUUUCGAAUAGCAUUGACUCAACUGUGGUUUUGAAGUGGUUUAAUAUAAACGUCACCAUCAAAAAAGAAGCAAGCAAGAAUGGAUGUGAGUUCUCUUUUCUAUUGUUUCAAUACGUAAAAAGUUUAUUUUUCAUGCACUACACUCUCAAAAAUGAAUAUUUUAUCAGCUGGAGAAAUACCAUGAUAAUCAAGCUUUUCAUAAAUUACUUCAAAUCGGCAGAUAAAGGUGUUUGCACCGAAUUCUUACAUCCUACUUUUGUUCGAGACGAUGAUGAGUGCAACUUUGCUACCGGCGAUAAUUCUGCAGAGAAAGAAAAUGGUCCUGAUUUUAUGGACAUCAACAACUUCUCUGACUUGGACGAAUUCAAUUUCAGUGGCAGUGAAAAUAGGGGUAUGGCAACCGGGAACACCGACACAACGGAAAGUUCGAACGAUGCUAAGCUAAUGCAAGAUUUCAUGGACACGGCUGCGCCUGAGAACAACUUAGAAAAUUUCGAAAGCAAUGAAAACGAUUUAGACAAUUUAAUAUAUGAUGACAUGGAUAAUAUGAUUGACGAUAUUUUCAGAGACACCGGCGUACGGAAUCAAAUGGCAAGCGAGUUUGAGCUUUUUGGUUCGAAACAUCAAAAAGGUCUUGGACAAAUAAUCAAUCUUGAAGAGAGCACAGAGCAAGAACGCAAUGAAUUCGAGCAGAAAAUCAAUAAAAUGGUAUCUAAUUCCAACAUGCCAAGCUUUUCUCGCCCUUCUGCGGUGAAGAGUGGUUCGACCUCGAGCGGAAGUGGAGGAUCUGGACCCUUUACUAGUAUGUCCGGGGUUUCAGACAAUUCCAACAUGAGGACCCCAGAUAUGAUAAAGAUAAAAUGA